UGAACCUACAAUUUCCUUUUCUCUAGGGAUAUAUUUUCCAGCUCAGGGCAUAUACAUUUAAACUAAUCAUUUUCAGUAAAACAUGGAGUGAGCGUUACAGGAGUACAGAAGGAAGGGGCUAGCAUAGCCACUUAACUUCUUUGCCUUUGCUAACAGAUCUCUAGAGUAUGCUGAUUUUGCAAAAACCAAACUCUCAGAGCUAGGGGACUUGGUGGGACACAGACCUAUGUAUUCUGACUGCAAGUUCACAGCUGAGAUACCGUGAACAAAAAGGAAUCACUCUUUUGUAUUCCUCUCUUUCCCAAGGAGUCAGUGUACUCCUUUGCAAAGCAACUUUGACCUAUAGAGUCCUAACAAAUAUUAGCUAUGUUUUCUGAUUUAAGUCACUCAACUCAAUGCCAUGUUUUGUUUUCCUUUUGGGAGUCACCAACUAGCUUGGACUUGAAAGACGUCUUCUGUGCAAGGGGAAGCAAAUUUUACUGGUUGGAAGCAGCAGAAUCAAUUUGGCGCCAGGAUCAUCUGAAUCUAGCAAUCUUUGCACAAACUUUAAUCCAAAUACAAACCCACCAGCUUUUACUGCUGAAGUUUAAUAUUCACAGCAAAACCACAACGUGACCUCACGUUGCCACUGGGCCCGGCUUGAGCUUUUGCUCGAGCUGGGUUUGGGCGAUCUAAAACGAGGGACAGGGCCUGCAUUUCCUGGGUGAAAUGUUAUUUAUAGCCAGGGCCAGGAGAAGCCAAAGCCGACAGCGGUUGCGCUGCAGCGCGGGGCCGCCGCCAUGCAAGCAGGUCUCACACCGCUCACCUUCACAGUCGGCCCCCGGUCGCCCCCCAGCCUCCUGGUCCUGCGCCAGCACCGGAUGUGAGACCCAAAGCCCGGCGCAAAAGGCCACCACGGCAACUGGGCUCGCGCACCACAUGCUGGGACAGCAGCUUCAAUCGCCUCCGCCACCCGCACCCACCGCCCACCGAGCUGCCGAAGCGAGUUGAGUGCGAGGUUGUUAAGAAUCUGCCGGUAGUUGCCAGGACAAAUGAAGCAAAUGAACUGAGAGUUUCCAUUGGUUCUCACGGAAGGGACAGGAAGGGGGCGGAGCGUAAAAGCCUUUUCCCGUCCCUCCCUGGUUGCGCGUGCGCACUGUAAAGUUCCGCAGAGCGCAGAGACACGCGCUGAAGCUACUCGCGUACCGAGCGUGAAGAAAGACAGAACCUUCACGCUGAUUGGCGGCGACGCGGGAGGCUGUCGCGCCGGACCGGACGCAGGGGGCGGGCGGGAACGUGAAGCUCCGCGGUGCCUGAUGGGGCCGUUGGGCGGCCGGUAGCUGUUGCUGUUGGGGGACCCCUUCAUUCCUACCGCCGCCGUCCCUGCUGCCUCAUGGCGGCCAUCGGAGUUCACCUGGGCUGCACCUCAGCCUGUGUGGCCGUCUAUAAGGAUGGCCGGGCUGGUGUGGUUGCAAAUGAUGCUGGUGACCGAGUUACUCCAGCUGUUGUUGCUUACUCAGAAAAUGAAGAGAUUGUUGGAUUGGCAGCAAAACAAAGUAGAAUAAGAAAUAUUUCAAAUACAGUAAUGAAAGUAAAGCAGAUCCUGGGCAGAAGGGUGCUCUCAAGGGACCCCCAGCUACAGCAGCUCCCACAGCCUUUUCAGAGGUGCAGUUGCUCCCUGUCAGAGCAGCCCCAUGGCCAGACUGGGUGUGUCUGGGGAGCCCAGCCCCUGCACCAGCACCAGCCGCAGCACUCCUGGGGUAGCCUCCACACCGCAGACUCCAGUCUCCUCUUCGAGAGCUGGUUUUGUUUCUGGUGGGGAUAGGCCCUUGACCAGUGAGCCCCCUCCAAGGUGGGCAAGGCGAAGAAGGCGGUCAGUGGCCAGGACUAUUGCAGCCGAGUUGGCAGAAAACAGGCGAUUGGCACGAGAACUCUCAAAGCGGGAGGAAGAAAAACUGGACAGGCUGAUUGCUAUUGGUGAGGAGGCCAGUGCUCAGCAAGACACUGCCAAUGAGCUCCGCAGGGAUGCUGUCAUCGCAGUCAGACGUUUGGCAACAGCAGUGGAAGAGGCAACUGGUGCUUUUCAGCUAGGCCUUGAAAAAUUGCUUCAGAGGUUGAUUUCAAAUACCAAAAGCUAGGAACCAAUUACAAAAGGCUCUGUUUCCUAAACUAGUAGAAGUCUAGUUUCCAAACCUGCCUUCUGAAUCCCUGGCUCCUUUUCUAUGUCCUCAGAAAAAAACAUGGAUGAACCAUUAAUAUCCAGAUAGUACAAAUAUAAUUGCUAAUUCAUUUUCCCAAGAUUCUCCACCAAAUGGAAGACCUUUCAGAAAUGCCAGGGGUGGCCUAAUAGAAAACAGUGGAGCCAUGUUCUAGAGAGCUGGUUCAUCGUAGCUUUGUCACGGAUGUGAAGCAUUUUACUUUACCUCUCUCCAGCAGUUUCCUCAUCUGUAAAAUGGGGAUCAAUAAUAACUCCUGCCCUGCCUACCUCACAGGGUUGUUGUGAGGAUCACAUGGUUCAUAGAUGUGAAAGAGUUUAAAAGUUUAAAAGCACUGUACACAUUUAAGUUAUUAAUGCAUAUGGCCUUGGCUGAGGUAAGGCACAUUAGUUUACAAGAUACAGGAGUAUAAAUGUAUACUGUGACUUCAUUGCUUGAAUCUUCCCUUUGCUGGUCUAACUUGACUGCUUCAUGGAGUUUGAAAUCUUAAUUUUUAAAAUCCUUGUGUGGCUCGUUAGACUAGUAUAAACACAACCUGUAUUUGUACCUUAAUCUCUUACGUUUCCACUGCUGUGUCUCUGACAUAACUACUAGUAAGCACUCUUGUCAAACUGUCUUUCUAGCCUUCAUUUUACUGGUUCUUAGUGUCUUAUCAAUAUAAGGAAAUAAGAAGUGCCAGGGAGCCACCAUAGUGUGUUAUGGUUUAUAUCGAUAAUCUUCAAUAUAAAAUAUUGGCCAUUUUAUAAAAUAUUAAAUGUAUGUAAAUUCUUUGCAUUUCAUAUUA